UUUUAAAAUUUCAUUUAACAAACGACGGAAAGAGCGAUUUGUACCCUUUUCUUUUCAACAAAUUCGAUCCGUUUUUUCUUAGACUUACGGUCAAUUUUGCUCCUAAAGUUUCUGAAAAACGGGAAAAAAUCUACACGCUCAACCAAAUUUGUAGCGACCAUAAUCAGUCAUGUUUUUCAUGAAUUACGUGAUGCCUCCCCUUGUUGUUAUUGGUUUGUUUGUAAACAUGGUGGGUUUGUUUGUGAUGUGGCGCCAGUGGAAAAACAUCAGACCUCAUAUCAUAAGCCACGCCCUUCUCAAUUUGGCCUGUUCUGACAUCAUUUACUUGCUGGGCACAGGAGUCAUUUGUGUGGAACAGUUUAUGCGAAGAAUCAUUGCGCCAGAACUUUGCAAACCCAAAUUCUUUCUGGACAUUCUGGCACAACAUGUAAGUGCGUGGACCACAGUUAUGAUGAGUCACGAGAGAUAUCAGGCCAUGAGUCGCCCCUUCAUCUAUGACUCGGCGUUCAAACCCCAGACACGACUGCUCCUCGGGGCUAUCUGGGCUUCGGGGUGUAUCAUCUCGACCCCUAUUGCCAUCUUCACCACCGCAGUCCAAGAUCUUCAGCCGGUGUUGAAGGGAGACAAAGUUGUUUUGAGCAAUAGGCAUGGGACUGUGGUGCAUUGCGGCAGCACUUGGGACGCCAAUUGGCGCACUGUCUACUUCACAUGGCUGGCGGCGGUGGAGUUUUUUGUGCCGGCAGCACUCAUGACUUUCUUCUACGCCGGCGUGUUCAAAAACUAUCUGCACCAGAGACGGACUCCCUGCAGCGCCCUGACCCGCAUAAAUCAGAACAGAUUAAGUGGUGUUUUGGGCGCUAUAGUUCUCGCUUUCAUCUUUUCAUACGGACCAUUCUAUGUAUCCCAGAUGUGCAACGGGUUCCACUUCUUGGCCGGCUUCGACAAACUCACUUUCGCUUAUAUCACCCUAAUAUCUCAAGCUUCAACAGUCUUGAACAGCUGCAUCAACCCCAUUUUGUACAGCGCUUUCACCAAAAGUUUCUAUCUUAUCCAUCAACUCACAUCUCCGGAUCUGCAAACUGAGAACCCCGCAAUUGAGCGAGCUGCAGGGGCGCAAGAACUCGACUUUCGGACUACACCCAGGGGCUCCUCUGAUGCGCCGUAUGUCCCAAAAGACGCCAUCAUCGAACUGCAAACAGCAAAACAACGGUUUGAUACAAUCAGCGCGCUGACCUAUCACAUUCAAGAAUCAAAAGAGUGUUAGGAUUCAAAUUUGAUGAAUAUACUCAAAA